UCUCUUCUCUCUCUCUCCAGAAACAGAGAGUCGGUCCAAAAUUUGGUCGACCGAACAUUCACCACGCAUACGACGCGGAAACUCUCCUAUAUAUAUACCCACUUACAUACCCAAUCCAAACACUUAGAAACCCAUUUCCCUCUUCUCUUUCUCUCUCUCUCUGUUUGAUUUGUAUAGCAUAUAUAUAUAUAUAUAUAUAUAUAAUAACUUCGUAUAUAUAUAAGCGAGGCAAAGGAUAAGCUCGUAAGAGUUAGUAUAAGCAUAUAGCUGAAAGAAGGCGGCAGAAUUGGUGACUUGCAGACCAAGUUUUCUCACUCGUGCACAUCCGAUUCUCGAAAAAGAUGGAGAAAACCCAGCAAUACGAGCGGGUAUUCAACCACUUCGACGACGACGGCAACGGCAAGAUCUCCCCCAAGGAGCUGCGCCUCUGCGUGGGGUCGUUGGGCGGAGACCUGUCGGAGGGGGAGGCGGAGGCGGCGGUGGUGCUGAUGGACUCCGACGGCGACGGCGAAUUGGGAUUCGAAGACUUCGUCAGACUGAUCGAAGGAGGAGAGGGAGAAGAGGAGGAGAAGGUGAAGGAAUUGAGAGAGGCGUUCAGGAUGUAUGAGAUGGGAGAUGGGUGUGAGUGCAUUACACCCAAGAGCUUGAGGAAAAUGCUGAGGAAGCUUGGGAAGAGCAAUACCAGUAUUGAGGAGUGUAAGGUGAUGAUUGCUCAGUUUGAUUUGGAUGGAGAUGGAGUGCUCAAUUUUGAUGAGUUUAGAAUAAUGAUGUCUUAGAUUUUCCAUUUUAAGGAGAGAUUUUAAUUACUUGAGGAUUCUUUCAUUGUAUUUUUGGGGCCUUUCUAGGCCAUUAAUGGUGUUACUAUAUAUAUUAUUUGUGAUUUUACUUGAUUAAUUCUUUGUAUAUAUAUGCUCCUAUAUUCCAACUUUUCAGUUUAUGGGUACAACAUCAUUCUCUA